CCUUAAUGAACCUUAUCUUCCCCGACCCUGCAAGAAAACUCCCAGCCAACCAACGAUAACAGCCUUCUAUCAGCAAGGUGCUCAGUGCACUUUCUUGUCUUGCUCAGCGUCCUAGCGUAUCUUCCCACCCGCAGCCCACCAUUUGCCUCUUCCUCAAUCAUCUGGGCCUUUCUUCGAGUUUGCCGUUCUCCCUCAGCGCAAGCGUGAAGCUCCAUUAUCAGAGCUAAUCGCUUCAUUAUCGUCAAUCAUGGAUUUGGAUCUCAUCAUCACGAACGGCGUCGUCGUGACCGCUUCCGGCACCAUACAGCCUCCUAACAGCGACAUUGCUGUCAAGGACGGUGUCAUCACCAGCAUUGGCCGCGGCCUCACUGCAUUCGCUGGUCCAAACACCAAAAUCAUCGACGCGGAGGGCGCGCAUGUCACCCCCGGAGGCGUCGACACCCAUGUGCACUUGUCUCAGGGCGCCGGCGGUGUAACAAUGGACGGAUUCGACACCGGAACCCGCAGUGCAAUCUGUGGUGGUACGACUACCGUUGUCUGUUUUGCAGCUCAGGAGAAGUGGGACGAGGAUGUCCUGAAGGUCGUGGCGGACUACCAUGCAAAGGCCAAGUCUCAAGGUGGAACUUACAGCGACUACGGCUUUCACCUGAUUCUCACCAAUCCCUCGCCCGCGGUAUUAGACGAGCAGCUCCCGAUAUUGAGGAAUGAGGAAGGCGUUUCCAGCGUGAAGCUGUACAUGUCCUACGACAACAGACAGUUGAACGAUGCUCAAAUCAUGAGUGUUCUUCAACGCACGCGCGCACUCGGUAUGACCACAAUGAUCCACGCCGAGAACUGGGAUAUGAUCAAAUUCAUCAUCAAGCAGCUCGAGGAGCGCCACCAGACCGACCCUUACUUCCACGCCGUCAGCAGACCACCGAUUGUCGAGAACGAGGCUGCCUACCGCGCGAUCGCCAUCGCUGAGCUUAUGGAUACUCCCAUUCUCCUUGUUCAUAUCUCCACCCGAUCUUCCAGAGACCACGUCCGAGCCGCUCAGACUCGCAUGCUACCGAUCCACGCCGAGACUUGCCCGCAGUAUCUGUACCUGCUCUCCGACGUCUUGAAGAAGCCUGACUUUGAAGGUGCAAAAUACGUCUGCUCUCCGCCCGUCCGCGACGAUGUCGACGACAUUAACGCGCUCUGGGAGGGAAUUGCAAACGGUACCUUUACCACCUUGUCUUCUGACCACUGCCCUUCCUGCUGGGACCACCCCAAGGGUAAGAAGCUGGGACUGGAUGAGAAGACCAAGAUUGCUCGUUUCAGCGCCAUUCCCAAUGGCUUGCCUGGCGUGGAAACCAGACUGCCGCUUGGAUAUCAGGGUGUUACUGACGGCAAGAUUUCAGUGGAGAAGUUUGUCGAAGUGGCGUGCACCAACCCUUCCAAGCUCUAUGGAUUGGAGUCCAAGGGUGUUUUAGCGCCCGGUUAUGACGCUGACAUUGUGAUCUGGUACCCCAAGAACAAAGUCCAGGUGUCGAUAGAGAACGGGCAAUUGCAUCACAGAGUCGAUUAUACGCCGUACGAGGGAUUCAGUUUGGGUAACUGGCCUCGCUAUACUAUUCUGCGAGGAAAGAUUGUCUGGACUAGAGAAGAAGGUGGUCUGGUAGGAGAGCAAGGUUAUGGCCAGUUCAUCAAGCGUGCUGGAAAUAUGCUGCGCCAGCCUCGCGAUGUCUGGGUCAAUGAGUGGCGGCCUUAUGAGAUUCAGAACUGAAUUGGUAGCCAGAUAUGCGCUCCUAGAUAGUUAAUGAAACCUGAGUCACCAUUUAAUGCCUGUUAAUAUCUAAUGUAUAUACUAAUUACUGAAUUUUAAAGCAAUAAAGACGAGUUACAGUGACUGCUGUAGACAAUUACAAUGAGCUCACA